GCCAGGCGCUUUGCCAAGCUCGGCGUAGCGACUGCGGCUGCGCGGGAGAUUCGAAUCGUCGGCGUUUUCAGCGGCUGUAGGUGUGCCUUCAGCUGCAGUCUCUCAGUAUGAACAACCCCGAAAAUACCUUCCAAAUGUUUGAAGCCCAUAUACAAAGCUACACAGGCAACGAUCCACUUGGAGAAUGGGAAAGCUACAUGAAGUGGGUAGAAGAGAAUUUUCCAGACAAGAAAGAAUACUUGGUGACAUUAUUAGAACAAUUAAUGAAGGAAUUUUUAGAUAAGCAGAGCUACCACAAUGACCCAAGAUUCAUCAAUUACUGCUUAAAAUUUGCCGAGUACAACAGUGACCUUCAUCAGUUUUUUGAGUUUCUAUACAACCAGGGAAUUGGUACCAAGUCAUCUCCUCUGUACAUAUCCUGGGCAGGACAUCUGGAAACCCGGGGGGAGCUGCAGCAUGCCAGUGCUAUUUUUCAGAGAGGAAUUCAAAACCAGGCUGAACCUAAAAAACUACUGCAACAACAGUACAGGUUAUUUCAGACACGUCUUUCCGAAACUCAUUUGUCAGCUCAAGCUACAGCCUCAGAUCCUCUGCAUGGUGCUCAGAUUUUAAACCAAGUUACAACAUCAAUAUCAAGCCCAGGAAAAAACUUAGCCUGUGUUUCUAAGACUCAGGGUUCAGAAUGUUCUGGUGUGACACCUUCAACUUGUGAUAAAGAGUCAAAUAUGGAACAAAGGGUGAUCAUGAUUUCUAAAUCAGAAUGCUCUGUACCCUCAUCUGUGACAUCCAAGGCUGAAACUCAGCACGUUGUUAUGUAUUGCAAGGAAAAGCUUAUUCGUGGAGAAUCAGAAUUUUCCUUCGAGGAACUGAGAGCUCAGAAAUACAAUCAGCGGAGGAAGCAUGAACAGUGGGUAAAUGAAGAUAGACAUUAUAUGAAAAGGAAAGAAGCAAGUGCUUUUGAAGAACAACUGUUAAAACAGAAAAUGGAUGAACUUCAUAAGAAAUUGCAUCAAGUGGUGGAGUUAUCUCAUGAGGACCUGCCCACUUCCCAGAACAGGCCUGAUGUUAAUGCAGUAUGUAUGGUACCAAAGAUUAGCUCCCAGCAGGAAGUGAGUGUUCCAAGUCUUCCAUCCAUCAAUCAGCAGACCUCAAUGAACUCAAGAGAGAAACCACAAGAGCCAUCUUCUGUUCCUCUUGUAAUAAAUACUAUUACCGAUGCUUUGGUGACCCCGGCCACCAGCCAACCAGUUCUUUCUGUUCCUUUAAGUGCCCAGCCAAUGACAGACUCCAGAUGUGUUAGUCAAAGUAUUCAUGAAUUCAAGCCCCAGAGUGGACCAGAAACAAAAGAAGUGUGUGAAACACAUAAGGUUGCCAGCAUUAAUUCUUUUCAUACAACUCCAAACACAUCAUUGGGAAUGGUUCAAGCAACACCAUCCAGAGUACAGCCGUCACCAACUGUGCAUACAAAGGAAGCAUUAGGUUUCAUCAUGAAUAUGUUUCAGGCUCCUACACUUCCUGACAUUUCUGAUGACAAAAAAGACUGGCCAUCUCUAGAUCAGAAUGAAGAUGCAUUUGAAGCCCAGUUUCAAAAAAAUACAGGGACUUCUGGAGCUUGGGGAGUUAAUAAGAUUAUCUCCUUGUCGUCUGCUUUUCCUAUUUUUGAAGACGGAAACAAAGAAAAUUAUGGUUUACCACAGCCUAAAAAUAAGCCCACAGGAGUCAGGACCUUUGGAGAACGCUCUGUAAGCAGAUUGCCUUCAGGACCAAAUGUAAUUCCACAUCUUAUCUUCCAAGGUUCUUCGCUGGUCUAUGUGAAUCACCUUAUUGGAGAAGGGGCCUUUGCUCAAGUCUAUGAAGCUACUCAUGGAGAUAUAAAUGAUACCAAAAGUAAAGAGAAAUGUGUUUUAAAGGUUCAGAGGCCUGCCAACCCUUGGGAAUUCUACAUUGGGACUCAGCUAAUGGAAAGACUGAAGCCAGCAGUACGACACAUGUUUAUCAAAUUUUAUUCUGCUCACUUAUUCCAGAAUGGCAGCAUAUUAGUAGGAGAACUUUAUAGCUAUGGAACAUUAUUAAAUGCCAUUAACCUCUAUAAAAAUACCCCUGAGAAAGUGAUGCCCCAGGCUCUCGUCAUCUCUUUUGCUAUCAAAAUGCUGUUUAUGAUUGAACAAGUCCACAAUUGUGAAAUCAUUCAUGGAGACAUUAAGCCAGACAACUUCAUACUGGGAAACAGAUUUUUGGAACAAGAUGGUGAAGAUGACGAUUUAGGUGCUGGCUUGGCACUGAUUGACCUUGGUCAGAGUAUAGAUAUGAAACUUUUCCCGAAAGGAACUACAUUUACAGCAAAGUGUGAAACUUCUGGUUUUCAGUGUCCUGAGAUGCUCAGUGGCAAGUCAUGGAACUACCAGGUUGAUUACUUUGGAGUUGCUGCAUCAGUAUACUGUAUGCUCUUUGGUACUUACAUGAAAGUAAAAAAUGAAGGCGGAGUCUGGAAACCUGAAGGUCUUUUUAGAAGGCUUCCUCAUUUGGAUGUGUGGGAAGAAUUUUUUCACAUCAUGUUGAAUAUCCCAGAUUGUCAUCAUCUUCCAUCUUUGGAUAUGUUAAGACAAAAACUGAAGAAAUUAUUUGAACAACAUUAUUCCAACAAGAUUAAGACUCUACGAAACAGGCUAAUUAUACUGCUCUUAGAAUAUAAGCGUUUGAAAAAAUAAAAUGUGGAUAUGGA